AUGGCCAAGAAACCCAAGAAUAAGCAAGUCGUUGGUAAAGGACUUAAAGGAGCACUUCUGAAGCAUUUCAUCAAUGAGCAAUUGAAGCAGAAUCGCCAGCAGGCUGCCAAGGAAGCCAUCACGAAGAAAGCAGACAAAGAGAAGUCUAUCAAAAGUGGAAAAAGUAAAGGUUCAAAGAAACAGCAGCAUAAUAUAAAAGCUCUAAUACCUUUUGAGCGUCACGAAACUCUUCUUCUUAUUGGAGAAGGUGAUUUCUCUUUCGCGAGCUCGAUCAUCAAGGGUCAACAGAUUGAACCAAAGAACUUGAUAGCUACAAGCUUCGACUCCAAAGAAGAAGUCCUUACGAAGUAUCCUGGGGCUGAAGAACAUAUACAGUUCCUUAUAGAUGAGGGAGUCAAUGUGCUACAUCAAGUUGAUGCCACAAACAUUCCGUUUACCAUGAAGCUCGUUAAUGCCAACCGUAAACGGACCUCUGUGAAGCUAUUCAACCCAUACAAGAAGCUUAACCAUAUCAUGUUCAAUUUUCCACACACGGGAAGAGGUAUGAAGGACGUUGAUAGAAACGUCAGAGACCAUCAGAAGUUAGUGUUGGCUUACUUUAAGAGUGCCAAUGAUCUUCUUUCCAUGGUAAACCAAGAAGCGACAAACGAUCUUGGUGGCUACGGUGAGUCCCAAAAUGAGACCAAAGCUGAUGUUAUUCUCUCCUUAUUUGAGGGAGAACCAUACAUUUCAUGGGGAGUUAAAGCUCUAGCUAGAAGUGAAGGGCUUCUGGUAAACCAGUCAGGAAAAUUCGAGUGGGCAGCAUUUGAAGGCUACCAUCACAAAAGGACAAAUGGUAUACGAGACACGACGAAGCCUGCUGCUGAGCGUGAUGCAAGAAUUUAUAUUUUUGAUACAACCAACCAGGCUCCUACUAAGAACAAGGGCAACAAGGGCAACAAGGGCAAAGCAAAGGCCAAGAAUGAGAGCGAUAGUGAUGAUGAUUAA